AUGCUGGAGUGGGGGGGGGGGGGGGGGGGGGGGGGGGGGGGGGGGGGGGGGGGGUGGGGGGGGGGGGGGGGGGGGGGGGUGGGGGGGGGGGGGGGGGGGGGGGGGGGGGGGGGGGGGGGGGGGGGGGGGGGGGGGGGGGGGGGGGGGGGGGGGGGGGGGGGGGGGGGGGGGGGGGGGGGGUGGGGGGGGGGGGGGGGGGGGGGGGGGGGGGGGUGGGGGGGGGGGGGGGGGGGGGGGGGGGGGGGGGGGGGGGGGGGGGGGGGGGGGGGGGGGGGGGGGGGUGGGGGGGGGGGGGGGGGGGGGGGGGGGGGGGGGGGGGGGGGGGGGGGGGGGGGGGGGGGGGGGGGGGGGGGGGGGGGGGGGGGGGGGGGGGGGGGGGGGGGGGGGGGGGGGGUGGGGGUGGGGGGGGGGGUGGGGUUGGGGUUGGGGUGGGGGUGUGGGGGGGGGGGGGUGGGUGGGGGGGUGGGGUGGGGGGGGGGGGGGGGGGGGUGGGGGGGGGGGGGGUGGGGGGGGGUGGUGGGGGGGGUGGGGUGGUGUUGUUAG